CCGAACGGACCCGAACGGACCCGAACGGACCCGAACGGUUCUGAACGGUCCCAAACGGUCCCAAACGGACCCGAACGGACCCGAACGGUCCCGAACGGUUCUGAACGGACCCGAAGGGACCCGAACGGACCCGAACGGUCCCAAACGGCCCCAAUGGUGUCUCUGCUGUGCUGUGGGCCCAAGAUGGCCGCCUGCGGGAUGGUGCUGAGCGCAUGGGGGGUCAUCAUGUUGCUGCUCUUGGGCAUCUUCUUCAAUGUUCACUCGGCUGCUCUCAUUGAGGAUGUUCCCUUGGCUGAGGAUGAUUUCACUGACGGCCCCGAGCGGAUCUACGCCCGCUAUGAGCAGGUCUCCUACAGCUGCUUCAUUGCUGCUGCUCUUUAUGCCCUCCUGGGAGCUCUGUCCUUGUGCCAGAGCCGCCUGCACAAGCGCAAGGAGUUCCUGGUGCGCUAGGACGGACCCGAAAACACCGGAUUUCACCCCAAAAUACACCUGAAACACCCAUUUUCACCCCAAAAACACCCAUUUUCAC